AAAAACUAUUAGGGGGCCUAAUAAUUGCUCAAAAUUUUAUGAAAGACAAGGAGUAGAAAAGAAUUUUGUAGAAAAUGUCAGAGGAGAGGUAUGCUCAGAAGGAAAAAAGUGGAAAAGUCCUCAUUGUAAGAAACCAGAGUUAUUAUAGAAAAGACCUUUGUGAGAAUGACGUACCAGAUAAGUGCAAAAGAUGUCAUAAAUUUCACAUCAGGAAAGAAGAGGAGGAUGGUGAUUUGGAUUCUGAGUGGAUUAUAAAAGAGGAUGUUGACAUUAUGGAAUUAGUCCACACAUUUAUAGCUUUAGGGUUUACAGACAUACACGGUGGUACAAAUCAGUUUGUGGAGACAAAUAAAUCAAAGAAGGAAAUGAUUGAAUUACUGAAAGAAGUGGCCAAGGCUGACUUCAAAGAUGACUACUGUUUCAUCUGUGUAGUCUUAUCCUAUGGAAAAGAUGGCGUGAUUACUUGCGUAGACGACAGUCGGGAUAGAAAUUCGUGUCCUAAAACCCCCACUCCAAGUAUGAUGCUGCCAGUGUCUGAGCUCCAGGAGUGUCUCAAGGGAGACAAAUGCCAAGGGCUUCUUAUGAAGCCCAAAAUAUUCCUUUUACAGUUGGAGUCAGUUCCAGGAGAUUAUACAGAUGACACAAAAGGUCAUGCAGAACAACCUACUAAAUUACUGAAAAUUCCCAGAGAAGCAGAUUUUCUCAUCUACAACUGUGAGACAGAUUAUGCCAUCAAAGCAUGGAUCAAAGGCCUGAACAACUAUGUCAAAGAUAAAGAGGAGCCUUUGGAGAUACAGAGGCUGCUAACCAGAAUGAACAAUCUGGUACGCAAGUACUACGAAGGGGAAGGCACAGGCAAUAAGGAAUUGCCAUGUGUUACCUCCCUUCUGACCAAAGAGGUUUAUCUGGGAAAAAGAAUUCAGCAAUAGAAGCUAGUGAUGCAGUGCUUGGGAAAAGGAAUCCAAUAAUAGAACUUCUACUUUGUAGAUUGUUGGAGUAUUUUCAGGAGAUUUAAAUUUUGUCGUUUUUAGUUUUUGUAAAAAUGAAUUUUCUACAAAAAUUAUGGAUACAAUAUUUAAUGUUUUAUCUAGUUACAAGAAGUAAUGUUUUUAUGAUAUUAUAUAAUAGUUAUUUGUAUUGGGUUUUGAUUAUUUUUCCUUUUUUUUAAGGUAGCCAAUGUAUAAACUUAACAAUUUUUGCAAUCUUUAUCUCUAAAACAUUCAAAUAAUUUGGAUAAUGGAAAUUUGAAACGAAGUGUCCAAAUUGUGAAUGUGUAAGACACAUUUUCUGUAUUUGGUUUGGGGUUUCAGUCAUUGUAUCCCUUUCUGGACCUAACUUUUUUGAUACCAAAUUACAAGAAAUUGCUAAGUUUUAAUCAACAAAUUAUUUCAUCAGUAAGGGUAGAACGUAUCAAUAGUUCUUUAUCAUUAUUAAUGUGCUCUGUUACAUUGGUACAUUAGUUACAUUAUUUUGCGAUAGAUGCUCAAUCAGUGUUUUAUACUUUAUUUAACUGAAAGUUACAGUACCAUUUACAUGUAUAUAUUAGUUGCUCAUCACCUUUUUUGUCUCGAUCAUUUUUUUUUGUUUUGUUUGUUUGUUUGUUCAUUUUUAUUUAGGUACUUUCUAACAAUUUCAUAUUUAUAUGUUAUAUAAAAACAUCUUAUGCAAGAGAUUU